GGUGGAUUCUCCUGUUAUUGCUGUUGUUAGUCACAUCCAGAGUGACCAACUGGAAGUUUGAAGUGGCUUGUUAAUGGAAAAGAGAAGAAUCCUGCAGGGAUCUCGAAUGGAAUCCUGGUGUUUGUAUAAUUCAUUUCAAAAAAGGGCUGUAGAGAACAGGGGGCUUCUAGUUAUCUGCAAUUUACUGAUUGGACCAAACUGCAGUUAGAGAACCAGCUUAAAGGGGAUCAGAGUGACUUAACCAGAUGGAUAAAUUCAUCUAUUAAUAUACAUUGAACAAUCAAUGUGAAAUUAUAUAUAAAUGAAAGAAUUGAAUUGAUAAAAGAUGGUUAGAUAGGAUGGCUGGAUAGAUAUGAUUCCAUUCUUUUAGAACUAAGUGCUAUGAGACAGUCCCGGGAGUCCAUUCAGCCCUCAGAUCAUUUCACUGAGGACUGUGACUUGGAGUUGAUGAACCAUCCAAAAAGCCGUGUUUGUAUUACAUUCCCAGCCCAUCUACCAAAGCACAGCUCAUACUGAGCCAGAGGAUCUGCUGUCUUUCAAUCAUAGGGGUGUUGCACCAUCGAGUGGAACAUUUACCUUGGUGGAAUAUGUGCGUUUCCCUUUUUGGAUGCAAAUGAUGGCAGUGUUCUGGGGACCAAACUGGAGACAGAGGGAUGGGGAAUCAACCAGGUUAAAGUGGGGAUUGUGUGUUAAGGGCUUUGGAACUUUUUAUUGUGGCUCAGGCUUGAGAUAAAACAUGCUGUAGUCACUGUUGACUGGGAUGGUGUUCAAUUACCUGUCUGAGCAGAAAACAUGUAGAUACAAUCACAAUGCAGAAAGGCUGUUCACCAGCUGAACUGACACACCAGCACAGUCAUACGAGAGGGACCAUUCAGAUAGAGCCAGCAGGGAGGAAUGGAGCUGACGGAUUGACGGGGAGAUUUCAGUAACACCUGGUGGGGACCUCAGACCCCGAACAACAUGUUUCCUGCGUUUACACCUACCGGGCAACAGCUCCGAAUAUGCGAAUGAUUAACGGCUGCCAUCUUUAUAGGGGGCAAUGUGCAGCAGUGCGCCUGUGCAGUGGCCAUCUUUAUAGGGGGCAAUGUGCAGCAGUGCGCCUGUGCAGUGGCCAUCUUUAUAGGGGACAAUGUGCAGCAGUCCACACGUGUGCCCCAACAGGAUUGGGAAACAGGAAGAAAAAUUGUGAAUUUCUAUCCUGAACUGAUAGUGAUGGAUUUUGAAAAUUCCUUUUGAUGAGGUUAGAAGGGGAGGAGUUGCAGACAGGAAACUGUUCUGAAGAAAAGUUAUGUAAAUGCAAAACAUUAACUCUGUUUCUCUGUCCACAGAUGCUGCCAAACCUGCUGAGUUUUUCCAGCAUUUUCUUUCUUAAGAACUAAAAUCUUUUCCUCUUGUGAUAUUUUACUGGAGACAUGUUGGAUUCUAGAAGGUGAGGAUUUGCAGUGGGAAACUCAAACCAAACAUCACAUCAGGAUCUGACAGAGUCACCCAAUUUAUCAUUACCUGAAUAUCAUCGGAUUUUGAACAUGAAAGAAAAAAGCACCGUUCACAGUGGGGAGAAACCGUACAUGUGUUCUGUGUAUGGACGAGGCUUCAGCCGAUCAUCUGGCCUCUCAAACCACAAGUGCAGUCAUGCUGGAGAAGAAUCAGGGAAAUGUGGGGACUGUGAGGAAGGAUUAUGUUACCAGUCAGGGCUAGAAACUCAUCAACACAGUCAGAUGGGGGAGAGGCCCUUCCCUUGCUCUGUAUGUGGGAAGAGAUUCACUCAUUCAUCCACCCUGCUGAAACACCAGCGUGUUCACACUGGGGAGAGGCCAUUCACCUGCGCCGAGUGUGGGAAGGGAUUCAUUCAGUCAUCCCACCUGAUGACACAUCAGCGAAUUCACACUGGGGAAAGACCUUUUGAAUGCCCAGACUGCAGGAAGUGCUACAAAAGUUCCUGGGAGCUGAUGUCCCAUCAACAUGUUCACACUGACGAGAGACCGUUCAGGUGCUCUCACUGCGGGAAUGGGUUCAGACGAUCAUCUCAACUCAUUGUACACCAGCGAAUUCACACGGGGGAGAGGCUGUUCAUAUGCUCGGAAUGUGGGAAGGGAUUCACUCAAUCAUCCCACCUCAUAGCGCACAAGCGCAUUCACACUGGGGAGAGGCCAUUCAUCUGCUCCGAGUGUGGGAAGGGAUUUGCUCAGUCGUCCACCCUGCUGACACACCAGCGGGUUCACACUGAUGAGAGACCUUUUAAAUGUCCAGACUGUGGGAAGUGCUAUAAAAGUUUUGGGGAACUUAUGUCCCAUAAACGUGUUCAUACUGAGGAGAGACCAUUUAAGUGCCCAGACUGUAGGAAGUGCUAUAAAAGUUCCAAGGAACUGGUGUCCCAUCAGCGAGUUCACACUGGGGAGAGACCUUUCAAAUGCCCAGACUGUGAGAAAUGCUAUAAAAGCUCGGGGGAACUGCUGUGCCACCAACGUGUUCACACUGAUGAGAGACCGUUCAGGUGCUCUCACUGUGGGACUGGUUUCAGGCGAUCAUCUCAACUCACUGUACACCAGCGCAUUCACACUGGAGAGAGGCCGUUCUGCUGCAGUGUGUGUGGGAAGAGAUUCAUUGAGUCAUCCCACCUCAUGGCACACCAGCGAGUUCACACUGGGGCGAGACCUUUUAAAUGCGCAGACUGUGAGAAGUGCUUUAAAAGUUCCGGGGAACUGAUGUGCCAUCAACGUGUCCACACUGAUGAGAAACCAUUCAGGUGUUGUUACUGCAGGACUGGGUUCAGGCGAUCGUCUCAACUCACUGUACACCAGCGAAUUCACACUGGAGAGAAGCCUUUCACCUGCAUUGAGUGUGGGAAGGGAUUCACUCAGUCAUCCCACCUGCAGACUCACCAGCGAGUUCACAAGUGACUGCAGGAGUUGUAUUUUGGUGUUAAUCUGAUCCAGGAUGCAAACAUGUUCAUUGGGGCUUUUUCUGUCUGAUGUUAAUGAACUCCAGCCCAGUAAUAGAUGUUAAUAUUCUGGAUAAACAUCAAAUAAAUCAGCUUUGUAUCAAA